AUGCCGAUCUGUUAACAAAGGAAUUACUUAAUUAUGCAUCUAAAAAUGAUGAUUUAUUCGCAUGCAUUGGACGAUACAACGAAAAAAUGAGAGCUCGAUCAUCUAAAGACGUUAAGUCAUCACGUAACACAGCUCUACGACAAAAUAUUCCAGUUGGAACCUUUGGCUUUAUUUUUAGAUAUUUGGCGCUUAGAGCUAUUACCAUUAUUAUAUACAUUGUUGUAUUUAUUCAAACUCGUUCUUGGUUUUAUUCGUAA